AAGCGACCGGAAGUGAAUUCAGGCUUGUUUUGACCCUUUGGUCAAGAAAAGGGUUCUUGUGAUUAUUUUUGGAAUAAAAUUAACUGGGGUGUUCUAAAUCUGAGUUUUAUCUAAUAGUUUAAGCAGCACGGGUCCUGUUUAAUGUUCGCGGUUUAGUGUUAAGAGGUUUAAAAAUGGCUAAGCUGGAGUUUUUGAACUGUUUUUUGAAGGAGCGGCUGAUUGCAGCUGCUGGGGAGAUUUUUCAGGUGGUGAAAGAGACGCUGUGUGAGUAUCAGGCUGAGAUAGACAGAACCCAGCAGGAGAACCGCUACCUCAGAGACAUGCUGGAGAACAUCAACACCAGCGAAGAGGAACGGAGAGGUGCUGAACUGCAGACCUGUGGGGGAUCAGGGUCUCGGUCUGUUUCUGAGGAGCAGAGGACAGCUGCUGUUUAUAUAAAUAAAGUUCCCCCAGACAUCCAGCCCUCUAUUACAGACGACAGCAAGACCAGCCAAGGCCCACGAGACUCAGAACCCAUGAUCCAAGUGAAGCUGGAGCUCUGCGCUGUACAGCAGGAACUGGAGCCGCAACAACCGGAAACUGUUGCCCACAAUCAGGAAGCGAUGUCUUCUGUCCCGGAGAAACCUAUGGACAUUGAGGAGAAAGAGCAGUGCAACGGUUUGCCGAUGGAUCACAUCCCAAUCAAGUCAGAGCUGUACGAUUCCCAGGCUGCCUACUCCGAUAACUCCUGCGACUUGUCUGCGGCACAGCGGGAACAGGAAGGCAUCGAUUACUUUGAGGUUGAUGAGGAUGACCUGGGCUCGCGGUCGGGUUAUAGACUGUAUAGCUCCCUGGCGGAUCGACCGUCGCACUCUCAGAGCGAGCUAACGGACAGUCUGUUUUACUGCAAGAUUUGCAACAAACCUUUCAAGACAUACCUGUGGCUAGAAAAGCAUUUGGUGAGUCACAAUAACGAGGAGCGACACGUCUGCGGUGUUUGCGGCAAGCGCUUUAAACAACUUCAGACGCUGGAGAGUCACAUAAACAAUCACACGAAGGAGAGGCCGUACUGCUGCCAGUUCUGCGGGAAAGGCUUCAGUCAGAGGAGUCACGUUAAGGAUCACGAGAGAAUUCACACGGGGGAAAAGCCCUUUGUCUGUCCGGUCUGUCAGAGGAGCUUCGUGCAGCGGAGCCAGCUAAUGACUCACAUUCAUACUCAUUCCUACAUGAUGAAGGACUUGUCGGAUGGGAAACAGCAAAGGUGAAGAUUAUAGACUGUACAAUCAAACAAUUAAGCGGUUGUUUAGGUCGGGUACACACUACAUGAUUUUAGGCUCAAUGUUCCAGUCUCAAAUUUGAAGGAAAUCGCAAAUCUCACAACGUUCACUUGGCUCUCGACACUUGCUUGGUCGCUAUUUAUGAAAUGAUCACAAAAUGCGAUAGAAAAAUGUGAUCAUAAAGCUUUCAAAUGAUCACUAAUGCCUCGCAAGGCCCAAGACGUGGCAGGGGUGGCAACUGCCCCUUCCAGUGCCCCAUGGUUGAGAAAACAUCAGUAAUGUGCCCACUAAAGUGGCAAAAGAGAGACAAAGACAAAAUCCCAUUUCUUUUUUGUGCCCCUAUCUUUUUUUUUUUUUUUUUUUUUU